GCUUCCCGGCAUACCAGGUACUCCUUCUUGGGCCUGGAUCUCGCGGGCUCUACAGGGUGGGACCAGUCAGUGUCGGCACCAUGAACGGAUGAGAAGAGCAUCGGGUUGAAACCUAGGGAAGGUCGGUAUCCCAGGGUGGGGAAGGGUAAGAAAACACGGUUUGGGGGCAGACGAACCUCUUGGAGAAUAGACGGCUUGAACCAGGGAGUUCGUGCGACGGAGAACCAGCCCCAGAUCGCGAGUUGCCCGCCAUCUUACUUGAAGGGUUGAGACCACCAGACAAGCCGAAUGGAGAACGAGAAGGCGGAAGGGGAUCGAUAGGGGAAUUGCUGGCGGAUGGGGAACCAGAACGAGGUUGGCUGCCAGACUGAGAGGCGUAGCCGAGAGCCAAAUGUUCGGAUCUAGAAGUUGACAUUAUCGAUUAUCUAGCCGACCUCAUGAGACGGUGACACAAGCAAGUGUCGGGCCGGAUAGUUGAUUAUUAUUUCUCAGCGGCGAUAAUUGAUGAAUCGCCCAAGGAAUCAACGUUUAGACGUUUCUAACGGCAAAAAAGACAACCCCUAAAGUAGAAAGUCGCUGGGCGAGAACAGUCUAGUAGCUGUGUUUUCGACGACCUCGGAACGAUGGACGAGGGAGAUGACAACGUGGAAGCGUCGGUGGAGGUUCGAGCGUAUUCGACAGAAACGGGGGGCUGGAUUUAAGGAGCGCGAUGCGAACAAGAGAAAAUCCAGGAACCGCCGGUAUUACAAAGGAUGCUCGUGCGAAUGGGAGAAGGCCUGCCUGAGCCGAGAGCAGGGUCGUUAUUCUAUAGCUGAAGAGACCGAGGGGACUAGGGCAAGCAAAGCAAACUGCUGCUCGGACGAAGAUGCAAUUGAGGUGGAUUUAGGUGUGGAUGUGGAUUUGGACAAAGGUCGUCCAGCGUCGUCCGAGCCCGCGGCUUGAGAGAGGGCGCAAAAAAAGACAAGGGAAUGUAAUAAGGAGACUAUUUCGGGCGGAGGGCAGGAGGGCACAAACAAAGAUAUGAUCAAUAUACAGGCCUCAUUGAAGAAGUACAAAAAAAAAGGAAGAUUUUUUGACUGGGCCUGGAGAAGCAGACGAG